UGUCCGAAUAAUUCAAGAUGGAGAACAAGGGAAAUGCAGUAGGUUUGGCAGUUGUUCCAGUUAUUGUUGUAACGGCCAUAUGGGUAAUUGUAGGUGGAAUUGUUCCUCUUUUUAUCAAAGGACCGAAUAAGAGAUUGAUACAGACAAUGCUUGUUAUGACUGCUGUCUGCUGUUGGUUAUUCUGGAUUUGUGCUUAUUUCUGUCAACUUAAUCCUCUUAUUGGACCAGAAAUAGAAGCAGGGGCAUUAAGGGCAGCUGUCAAGGAAUGGGGAGGCAAAGAUGUUUAGCCUCAUGAAUAACAUUAAAGACCCAAUGAUUUGUAAUUGUAUAUAGUCUGUUCUGGUGAUAUGAUGUAACAGGAUACAGAUUGAAUUAUCCAAGAGGAUUUUUAUUAACUUAAUGAUUACUAUUAGGUUACUGGGGAUCAGUGCAGGAAGGAGACAGUAUUUUGGAUGUUGUAAAUUUUAACAGUUUACAUGCUAACCAUUUGAUCCAAUCCAUAAAUUGUAACCUAAUCUUUUCUUAUGUUUGCUGUUUCAAAAGUGUAAAUUGAUUCCUUUAAGAACUUUUUUCAUAAAAAUUACAAUUUGGCAUUGGUGGUGUAUGAGGUAGACCAAUAAUUUAUUUGUUCUUUGUUAUAAUGGCACUUUAAAGUGUAUAAUGAUCUUCUGGUUAUAUCUACAAACAAUCUGAAGGAGAGCGUUGAAUAAAGUUUAUUUUAAUGAA